GUCUGCUCAUAUGACCACCUCUAGAGUCAAUCGACUUAUCCCAUUCACGAGCAUCAUCGCGCGUCUUUCCGCUGGAGAUGCUAUUGCCGGGUGUCGGCCAUUUUCGGCUGGGCGGAGCGCAACGCACCAAUCACGGAUCCGACAAUGUGAUGACCGUUUCCCGAUCGGACUCCCGAGGUUCCAUCGUGAGCCUCGAGUCUCAACUUCAACUUCUUGUCUUGCUGUAGCGCUGUCGAAUCGCGGUCACCAGCUUCCACCCUCCUUUAUCCCUCGCAACACCACCAAAAUCUCCUCUCCCAUAAAGAGAAUCACAAUGGCCUCGAUUGCGCGCCAGUCUCCCCUUCUCCGGCAGUCCUGCCUGUCCGCCUUCCGCGCCCCUUGGGCCUCAAAGAAUGUCGCCGGUGUGUCGCAGGUCGUGGCCUUCCACGCCUCUGCGAACAAGCAGAUUCUGCCUCCUCUGCCUCAGUCUAUCCAGGGAACGAUGAACGACCCUGCUCCCAUCCCUCACUCCCACCCCGUCCACGGUAGCUACCACUGGACCUUCGAGAGACUCGUCUCUGCUUCCCUCGUGCCCCUCUGCAUUGCUCCCUUCGCCGCCGGCUCCGUGAGCCCUGUCAUGGACGCCGUCAUCUGCUCCGCCAUUGUCGUCCACUCUCACAUUGGUUUCGACGCCUCCAUCACUGAUUACUUCCCCGUCCGCCGUGUGCCCAAGACCGCCGCCUUCAUGAAGUGGCUGCUGCGUGCCUUCACGCUCGGCACAGCGGUUGGUCUGUACGAGUUCGAGACGAACGACGUUGGUGUGACGGAGGCUAUCCGCAGGGUGUGGAAGGCGUAAAUCAGUCUGGGGUGUUUCUUGUUCGGUUGUUUGUUCUGUUCAGGCGUUUUGCCUAUGUAUAUGCUGUGUUGUUUCUUCUUGCCUGGUAGAUGCCAGUACUGGAAUUGUUAGUGCCCUGGAGCAUAAAAUGAGUAGUAUCUUGUAUGUGAUGAUCUGCUGGGAUAUUCUGUUAAGUAUGUGUUGCUUCUGCGGGUUGAAUCUCUCUCUAUUUUAUCCAAACGCCCAGCGCU